UUGGCAGUUCGCGCUGGAUAUUUCUGGUGGGUGGUUGUGUCGCACUAGCUGGGAAGCAGAGUGUAAAGUGAAAUAAUUUAGCGCUGAGAACCGCGUAAAAUCGUACACAUCGGUUGACGGUAUCGUCGUCUGCAACUUAGCUUGAAGGCAGGGGAUGCUGCUGAGAUGAGGCGGCCCCCACUGCUAGUGCUGGCGGCCACUCUGGCCGUGGUGUCCGGAGUGGCUGGUGGCCUCUCACAGAGCAGUGGCCGGUGGAGCUCCAGACAGCCCUUGCCGUUCGACGUUCCCCUGUUUCCGACCCACUUCACCACGGCUGCCACCAGCUCCGCGUCCGCCGAGCCCGGAGAGGACACCUGUGCUCCAGAUCGGAUAAGAUGCGCCGUCACGGGCGUCUGUAUCCGCCGGGUAUGGCAGUGUGAUGGAGAGCUCGACUGCCCGCCCGGCCAUGCGGCGGAUGGAUCCGUACUGGUCGACGCGUCCGAUGAGGACGAGACUGUGUGCCGUAAGCAGAGGCCGUGCUCGCCAAACGAGUUCCUGUGUGGCGAUGGCAUCACGUGCCGGCCCAUUUCCAUGCUGUGUGACAAGUCGCGGGACUGUCCCGACUGGAGCGACGAGGGCGACUUCUGCGAUGAUCGGACACAGUGCGAGCAGAAACACUGUCUGUACGGAUGUAAGCCGGAUCCGCGCGGCUACGGCGCUCUCUGCUUCUGCCCCGCCGGUCACCAGUUCCCAUUCUGUGCGGACCGGGACGAGUGUGAGAGCUAUGUCUGCAGUCAGCGGUGCACCAACUCUCCUGGGUCUUACAGCUGCUCCUGCGAGGAGGGAUACACACAGUCCGAAACGGACCCGGAUGACUGCCUGCCCGUCAACGAGCCGGCGGAUGAGCCGGCCACUCUUCUGGUGGCCGCCGACCAGCUCCUGCUGCGGGUCUCUACUGAGGAUGGCUCACUGGCCGCCGGAGACGGAGCGUGGAGACCGCUGCAGAAGAGGAGCGCCGGCGUGGCGCUUGACUACAACCAUAGGAACGGCUCUGUAUGCUGGGUCUCUGCCGAUAAUGGUCUGAGCUGCGCGGCCGUCAGCAACCUCACGGAAACAUGGACUCUGCGGCCGCCAGACAACAUUAACCUCAGGACCGUGAAGCAGCUGCACUACGACUGGGUGGGCGGCAACUGGUAUAUGCUGCUGUCCAAGGAGAGGAUGGUGCUGCUGUGCUCCGGCCGGCUGACGGUCUGCACUCCCCUGCUGCGGCUGGACGACUGGCCGCUGACCAUGGUGGUCGAUAUACCCAACAGCCAGCUGGUGGUGGCCUACUCCGACGUCAGCACGCUCAUCGUCUCUCAGCUGGACGGCAGCGCGCGCCGCAGGGUGGAUCUGCCGGCCCAUCCGGACUGGCUGAGCCUGGUGGCGGCAGACCCGGCCUCGCAGCGUCUGUACGCACUGACGUUGAAUGAAGAGCUGGCCAUGUGGCCGUAUGGAGGUCUGAACGGGACCGGCGACCGGCCCGAGCUGCUGCGGCUGGCCUCGGGGGUGCCGGCUCUGAUCUCUCUGGACGUGCUGGCCGGACGGGUGUACGGCGUCCGGUCCAGCCCGCCGACGCUCUACCGUUUCGGCCGACCCGCCUGGAACACCACGGAACUGUUUGGUGCUGGCUCGCUGCCGCGGCCGCUGCAGAGUCGUUCUGACCAGUACCUGGUUACGGUCCGCGUGUACCACCGGCAGCGGCAGCCCGACGUGUCGCACCCGUGUACGACUGGUAACGGCGGUUGUGAACACAUCUGCGUGCCUGUGACUGUGAACGGCUCGGCCGUGGCCCGCUGCCUGUGCUCGCCCGGCUACCGGCUCACGGGUCAGGGACGCUGCUCAGCGGCACCCGUCUCCGGUCAUCUGCUACUGGCCGAGCUGCCCCACAGUCUGGCCGGGUUCUCCCUGACCGGGUCAGAGCUCGGCGAUGUCAUACCGCCCCUGUUUGACGGGAACGAUAUAGGAUUAGAUAAUAUAGACGACCGGGCCAGGAUCAACCUGGGCGACUGCCACCCGCGGCGGCGACUGCUUGUCUUCUGCGACCACCGUGGCGGGGCUCCCAUCUCGACCCGGCCGCUGGAGUCGCCAUCGAACCGUUCGGCCAUCGUCUCCGACCGGGUGCUGCUGUGUCGCUCUGUGUCCGUCGACCCCGUCUCGGACGUGGUCUACUGGGCAGACGCCGAGGCGUCGACGCUAUCAGUGGCCUCGCUGGAGGCACCGCACCGCCGCCGCCUGCUGCUCACUGAUGUGACGCUACUGAACAGAGCCAGUUUUGUGCUGGACCCGGGGAGCGGAUGGAUGUACUGGCUGUCCUUGCCCAAGUCUACUGCCGAGAGAGCCAGUUUCACCUUCGGCCGUCCGAGCAGCCUAGUGUGGCGGCUGGAGCGAGCCUGGAUGGACGGCACGCACCGGGAGACGGUGCACGAGUUCGAACAGAGAGUACGCGGCGGUGUAGCUCUGGACAGGCGGCAGCAGAAGCUCUACCUGAGCGUGGAUAAUGUGCUAAAGAGAAUGAACGUGAACGGCAGUCAAUUGGAGGAUGUCAGCGUCAAUGCCAACUCAUCAGCUCAGUGGGAGGCACUGACCGACCUCAGCCCGGUGGCCGUCCUGUCGAACGGAACACUCAUCAGCUCGGCUGGCAGCUGGCUGUGGAGUCUGAACACCACCUCGGGACAGUUGAAGCGACUCAGGGAGGCGCCAGGAGCCAUGGAAGCGGCGCACGUCUGCGAACUCGGCGACGGAACGGCAGGCGGCGUCCAGCUACUUGGCGGCGGCUGCCACGACCUGCGCUGCGAGCACCUCUGCGUGUCCGUCCCCUCCGGCCACCGCUGUCUGUGUGCCGAUGGUCUCCAGCUGGCCGACGACGGACGCUCCUGUGUCGCCAUCGAGGGCUACACGGACCCGCUCGCCUGCACGGGUGACCAGUUCCGCUGUCUGAAGAACGGCCGGUGUAUCGACAAACAGUUUGUAUGUGACGGCAGAAACGAUUGCGAGGACGCCUCAGACGAGGACCACGUCAAUGGACCGUGCCAGAACUCCACCUGCCCCGAGGAGAGCGUCCGCUGCGGCCCGGCCGCCUCCUCUUCCGGCGGACCCGGCCUCCAGUGUGUAUCCAGCGCCUGGGUAUGUGACGGCUUCGCCGACUGCGCGGACGCGAGUGAUGAGUCGGCAGAGCGCUGCGCCAACGUUACCUGCGGACCGGAUCGGUUCAAGUGUCUGGAGUCGGGCCGGUGCAUUCCCAACAGCUGGGUAUGUGAUAUGACGUCCGACUGUGGCCACGGAGACCGCAGUGAUGAGCCGCCCACCUGCAAGUACCGCAACUGUACGGCGAACGAGUUCCGCUGCGCCAACCGCCGCUGCCGGCUGUGGUCUCUGGUCUGUAACGGCCAUGACGACUGCGGCGACGGCAGCGACGAGCAGAACUGUGGGGAUAUCUGCCGGCCGCAGGUCGAGAGCUACUGUCCGGCGGACGGCGUGUGCGUUCCCUCCGCGGCGGUUUGCGACGGUACCUGCCAGUGUUCAGACUGCUCGGACGAAGUCGCCUGCGUCACAUCCCAGCCCGAUCGGGAACAGUCGCAGCUGGCGCCCUGCUUCGACACAAAGGAGGGUAACGCCGCUGUGGGCCUGGUGCCGUGCGGCGGCGGCGCCAUCUGUGUCCAGCGGACGGCCGUGUGCGACGGCCAGGCUGACUGUCCGGACGGCUCCGACGAAGCCGACUGUCUCACCACCUGUGCGCCCGGAGAGCACCAGUGCAGUGACGGCUCAGAGUGUGUGCCCGGACAGUACCGCUGUGACGGCCAACGGGACUGCGGUGAUGGAUCGGACGAGGCGGACUGUCCGCUGCCGGUGGUCGCCUGCCCGGAGCCGGACUUCCACUGCGAUAACGGCACCCGCUGUCUGCCCCUGGAGAAGGUCUGCGACCGACGGCCCGACUGCGAGUCGGGAGACGACGAGGGAUUCCUCUGCGACCUGGGCGCGCCGCCGUCCCAAUGCCCGGACUGCGAAUACCAGUGUGUGGCCACUCCGUCCGGACCGGCCUGUGUGUGUCCCCGCGGUCAGCGGCUGGCCAAUGACGGCCGAUCGUGUACGGAUGGCCACCCGUGUGAAGACUGGGGCACCUGCAGUCAGCUCUGCUUCCAGCUGCGACACCGACACAAGUGCGGCUGUCAGGAGGGCUACCGGCUGGAUCGGGACGGGUUCAGCUGUGUCAGCGAGGACGACUCGCCCCCGCUGCUGAUGUUCUCCAACCGGUUCGAACUGCGCACCGUCCAGCUGCGGACGCUGAAGGUGACCUCGGCUCUCUCCGGCCUCAAGAACGCCAUCGCCUUCGACUACCUGUACGGCACGACCGACGGCGCCCUGACCGUCUUCUGGUCGGACAUCACGCACGAUAAGAUCUUCCGAGGCACGCUCAGUAAUGGAUUGCUGUCAGACGUGGACGCGGUCAUCUCCACGGGCCUGGUGACCGCCGAGGGCCUGGCCGUGGACUGGGUGGGACACAACCUCUACUGGGUCGAGUCGCACGUCUCGCAGAUCGAGGUGGCCCGACUGGAUGGACGGUUCCGCAAGGCGCUCGUCGCGGGCAACAUGAAAAAGCCGCGAGCUCUGGCGCUCGACCCGCGCGAUGGUAUUCUGAUGUGGACCGACUGGGACGAGGAGCGUCCACGCAUCGAGGCCGCCUCCAUGGCCGGCGGACAGAGGCGCGUCGUCUAUGAGGCGGACGCCAGUGCCGCCGGCGCCUGGCCCAACGGGCUCAGUCUGGACUACGAGGCGCGCAGGGUCUAUUGGGCGGACGCCAAGCUGGACUCGGUGCAGACAAUCCGCUACGACGGCACCGACCGCCGCGUGGUGCUGAAGGACCACUCGUACCUGGAGCAUCCGUUCGCCGUCACCGUGUUCGGCAACGACGUCUACUGGACCGACUGGAGGACCAACUCGGUCGUCAGAGCCAACAAGUGGAACGGCAGCGACGUCGACUCUGUCCAAAUGACCAUCACGCAGCCGUUCGAUGUGAAGAUCCUGCACAGCUCGCGUCAGCCGGCGAUGAAGAACCCGUGCGGUCGCCGCUUCGGUGGCUGCUCUCACCUCUGUCUGCUGAACACAGAGGGUGGCUACGAGUGCCACUGUCCUCACCUGAUGAAACUGGACAAGGACGGUGUCAACUGCAUCAGAAACGAGCGUAUCCUGGUUCUCGGUCUGGAGGACAACGUGCGUGGCGUCGACCUGGACUCGAGCUUCUACCACGUGGUGCCCCGUGUGGCCGAGCCGCACGUGCGCCAGCCAGUGCAGGUGGCGUUUCACGCGCGGCGCCGGCUGGUGGUGUGGGCUGACCGGGCGGCGGAGGUGGCCGGACAGAGCCUGAUCAGCGGGCCCACCGAGACUCUGGUGGCUGUGAGCUCCCCACAGGGGGUGGCCGUAGACUGGCAGUCUGACGUGUUGUUCGUGGCCACGGGAUCGCAAAUUGCUGCCACUAAUCUACAGGGAGCACUGUACACGGUGUUACUGACGUCGGAGAGCGGCCACCUUUCCGACCUCCAGGUGGACCCCACUACCGGCACCAUGUACUACAUCAGCACCAGCAAUGGAAACACGGGACCCAGCAGCAGGGUGAUGCAGGCCACAAUGGCCGGCGAGAACAUAACUGUACUCUGGGAGAACCUCACACACCCGAUCAGCAUCACAUCUCUGAGCCUGGACCGCCGGAUGCGGCUGCUCUUCUGGCUCGAAGCCGAGCGCGAGGUGCGAUACUGGGACUUGGCGCCUCCGACGGGCCACCAGCUGAGCGGAGGACCGGGCCGCGUACCGCUUGGCGACGCCCGGCCCGGUGCCAUCACGGUGCACCGCGGCAGGCUGUACUUUGCUGACGAUACCACCCGCACGGUAGCUUCUGUGGAGGAACUGAGCGGCAAGGAUAAACGGCCGCUGAGGAACGGCACCGCGUUCUCCGACGGUGAGGUUCUCUCUCUAACCGUAUACGACCCGGAGGAACAGCCCGAGGGCGACUCACCGCCGUGCCGCGACAAUAACGGCGGCUGCCAGCACCUCUGCUUCCCCGUGUCGGAGACGGAGAGCCGGUGCCGCUGCGCCGUCGGAUUCAGCCUGCAGCCAGACGGAAAAACGUGCAACGGCGACUCGGAGUUUCUGCUGGUGGCCAGCAUGGGCGGCAUCCUCGGCCUGCCGACCACCGCCGGCGCCGCCGCCGACUCGGUCCUGCCGCCGUUCCCGACGCUGGCCGUCGCCGACGCCGUUGAUUUCGACGCGCACCGUCAGCGACUGGUGUGGGUGGAUCACGACGCCGGCGGUGCGUCGUCGUCGUUCGGCGGUCCGACGGAGGGCCAUCUGUUGACCAUCAGUCGGGACGGAUCGAACCUGACCCGACUGGCGGAGGACGUGCGGGGAUCACAGUGGAUCACCGGCCUGGCCGUCGACUGGGUCACAGGUAACACGUACUGGUCAGAAUCGUCUACCGACUCGAUCCGCGCAGUGCGUGCCGGUACCUCCCUUUCCUGGGUAGUGGCGCGCGGCAACCUCAGCCGCGUGGACGCUAUCUGCUUCGACCCGCGGGGCCGCCUCUUCUGGGCCAACCGUCUGGCCGGCUCCGGUGUUGUGGAGACGAGUCUACUAAACGGCGACAACCGGACCGUUAUGGUAAAGCUCGGCGCCUGGAUGCCAGGGAAAUCGAGUAUCGACCUGGCGUUUGACGUACGCGCUGAUACCAUGUACUGGUUGUUCUCGGGAGCUGAUAAGAUUGGUCGGUUCCGCACGGAUGGCGCUACGGGCAGUCCGCCGGUGCUCGAGACGCUGCUCGAGGGAGAAUCGGUGGCCGGUGUGAUGGCUAUCACGGUUGGAGGAGGGAUGCUCUACUGGGCCGACCGCGCUGUGGGUGAUGGAGCCAUCCUGCGCGCGUCUGUUAACAACCUCACCGCCGCCGAGACGAUACACACGGGUCUCAAACGCGUGCGGGACCUUCAGCUGUACAGCAAGGAGCGCCAAGCCGAGAUCAACUCGUGCGGCGACGAUAACGGCUUCUGCUCGGAGAUCUGCGUGUACCUGGGCGCGGCGGCUCGGCCGACCGAUUACCGGUGUCAGUGCGCGCACGGGAGGUUGGCAGAGGAUGGACGGGGUUGUCGGCCGCACGACGAAUUCCUCAUGUUCUCCCGCACGUCCGCCAUCGAGAGCCUGCACUUCUUCGAGGAGCAGUUCGGGGCGCGGCCGUUCCCGGCCAUCGACUCGAAGGAUAUUGUGCGGCAGGCCAUCGGCCUGGCGUUUGAUUACGAAGCCAGGACGGUGUUCUUCUCCGACAUUAUGCGUGGCAGCAUCAACAGCGUCAUGUUCAACGGCACCAACCACAAGAUCAUCACAGAUCAACAGGGCACGGUCGAGGGUCUGGCGUUCGAGCCGGUGCACGGCGACAUCUACUGGACGUGCAGCAGCGAGCACUCUAUCAGUCGGAUCAGCGUGCGCAGCGCCAACAGUCGUCCGCAGCUGCUGGUGCCGCUCGGACAGGACGACAAGCCGCGCGGCAUCGCUAUCGACAGCUGCAACCGGCGUGUGUACUGGACGAACUGGAACUCUCAGGCGCCGAGCGUACAGCGCGCGCAGCUCUCUGGGUACGGCGUUACCUCCAUCAUCCACACCGAUAUCCGCAUGCCUAACGGCAUCACCAUUGACCAGACGGCGCACAAGCUCUACUGGACCGACGCGCGCUUCGAUAAGAUCGAGCGGGCCAACCUGGACGGUACCGACCGGGAGAUCGUUGUCUCUGGCGUGUUAAAGCACCCGUUCGACUUGGCUGUGUUCGGCGACUAUAUCUUCUGGACUGAUUGGGUUCACCUGGCUAUUGGUCGCGCCGAGAAACGCACCGGCCGACACGCCACGUUUCUGCUCAAGGACAUGGCCAAACCGAUGGGGAUUGUGGCUGUGAGCAAGGAGGCCACUGCAUGUCCGUCGAACCCGUGCGUCUCUCCCGGUAACGGCGGCUGCAGUGACCUGUGUACGCUCGGUGCCGACGGUCAGGUGGUGUGCCGGUGUGCCGACGGACGCGUCCUGCUGCCAGACGGUCACAACUGCUCUCGCAGCGAGGACCCGGCCGCUUGCCGCGACCCGACUGCAUUCCGCUGCGCCGGCGGUGACGGUCGCUGUAUCCCGUACAAGAUGACGUGUAACAACGUCACCGACUGUCCCGACGGCAGCGACGAGAGCGACUGCGCGGCGAACCGUACCUGCCCGCCCGGGUUCUUCAAGUGUGACGCGGCACGCUGCGUGCCCGUCUCGGCGCGCUGCGACGGCCUGCGCGACUGCGCCGAUCUCAGUGACGAGCCGUGCUCGUGUCAGGUCCGAGCCGGCGAUACUCCGCCGUUCCAGUGCGGGUCCGGAGAGUGUAUCGACCCGACGGCUCGGUGUAACAGCUACAAGGACUGCGAGGACGCCAGCGACGAAAUGGGAUGCCCGCCGAUGCGUUGCACGGACGCUGACCUGGGCGACGCUCUGGAGCCGGAGACUCUGGGGAUGGUGCCGUGUAACACGACCACCGCCUGUAUCCUGGAGAGCUGGCGGUGUGAUGGAGAGAACGACUGCUGGGACAACAGUGACGAGCAAAACUGCACCGGCAUCGUCAUACACGACUCGCGGUACGACUGUUACCCGGGCGAGUUUCACUGCCGGAACGGCACCUGUAUUCCGGACGCCUGGCGCUGUGACGGGGCCAACGACUGUGACGACGCGCCCGGUGGUGAUGGCGGUCACGUCAGCUCCGACGAGCUCGGCUGUGAGCAGGACGCGUGUCGUCACGACCAGUUCCGCUGUACGUCGGGCGAGUGUUACCCUGCCAGCUGGGAGUGUGACGGAGAGCCCGACUGCUCAGAUGCCAGCGACGAGACCGACGAGUGCAAGACCAAGACGUGCGACGUGAACCACUUCACGUGCAGCUCGGGCCGCUGCAUCCCCAAGACAUGGCUAUGUGACGGUGACCGUGACUGCCACGGGCCCGGUCAGGUGGGCGAUGACGAACAGGAGGAGAUCUGUGGCGCCGAGGCGCUCCAGUGUGACGCCGACAGCUUCCGCUGCGUCUCCGGCGGCUGCAUCCCUCGCUCCGCCUACUGUGACGGCCUGGUCGACUGUUUUGAUGGCACCGACGAGCCAGAGUCGUGCGCGCGCGAGCAGUGUCCCAAGGACCAGUUCGGCUGCGUCAACGGACUCUGUAUACCCAAGACAUCUGUGUGUGACGGUGUGGACGACUGCGCCGACAACAGCGACGAAAUGUUCUCCGUCUGUGAGAGCGUCGACUCUGAGCCGGAGCCGGGCAUCACCAGUGACGAGGCCGAGGAGAGCUGCGGCGGCAGUGACCGGUUCCGCUGCGCCAACGGCGCCUGCAUUAACGACACGGUGGUGUGCGAUACCAGAGACGACUGCGGCGACGGCAGCGACGAGACGGAGCUCUGCGGUGUAAACGAGUGUGACCAGCCGCACCAGGUGUGCCAGCACAUCUGCGUGAACCGGCCCAUCGGAUACCGGUGUCAGUGCUGGAGCGGGUUCAAGCCGCCGCCGGGCCCCGACCGCCACGACGAGUGCCUGGACCGAGACGAGUGCUCUGAGCCUCUGAGACCCUGCAGCCAGCACUGCUUCAACACAUACGGCAGCUACCGGUGCACCUGUAAUGAGGGAUUCCUGCCGCGAGACGACGGACGCAGCUGCGUGGCCGACCCGCACGUGGCGCCGGAGAAGCCACGUAUCCUGUUCAUCAGCCGCUACUACAUCACUGCACUGGACCUGACCGGUAACAACACCCAGUUGCUGGCCAAGAACCUCACUAACGGCGUGGCGCUGGACUACGACUGGCGACACGACUGCAUCUACUGGAGCGAGCAGCCGUUCCCGCCCAGUCCGGCGGCUAUCAGACGGAUGUGCCGGGCCUCGCCAGACGCAGAGUACCAACAUCAGCUGCUGCAGCCGGAGGCGCUGCUGGGGAAACCGGCCGGCCUGGCGGUCGACUGGGUGGCCGAUAACCUGUACUGGUGCGACCGGCUCAGUGACAGCAUCCAGGUCUCCCGGCUGGACGGACGCUUCACCCGCGUACUGGUCAACGAGGGACUGGAUGAGCCGCGAGCGCUCUGCCUCCACCCGAGCUCCGGUUUCAUGUACUGGACCGACUGGGGUGUGACGCCGCACAUCGGCCGGGCCGGCAUGGACGGCUCCAACCCCGGCCCCCUGAUCGCCGACCGACUGGGCUGGCCCAACGCGCUCAUCAUCGACCACGAGGGCGGCCGCCUGUUCUGGGCAGACGCCAGGGAGGAUUACAUCGGCGUGGCGGACCUGGACGGCUCCAAUAUGCAUGUGCUGCUCAGCAGGCGUAAGCACGGCGCGGACCUGCACCACGUGUUCUCGCUGGCCGUGUUCGAGGACUGGCUCUACUGGACCGACUGGGAGACCAAAUCGGUGCAGCGCUGCCGGAAGGCAGACGGUGGAAACCUGACCGUCAUUCACCACGAGGCGCGCCAUCCUAUGAGCCUGGUGGUGCAGCAUCAGCUGCAGCAGCGGCACCACGACAGUCCGUGCCAGGUGGACAACGGCGGCUGUCAGGCGCUGUGUCUGCUCGAGCCGGGCGGUGGGCACCGGUGUGCGUGUCCCAUCAGCUUUGUACUGACCGAGGACGGCCGGACGUGCCGGUCCAACUGUUCGUCGAGCCAGCUCGAGUGUCCGCACACACUGCGCUGUAUACCGUUCUGGUGGCGCUGUGAUGGACAGGAUGACUGCGGUGACAACUGGGACGAGCCGUCCGACUGUCCACCGUACCAGUGCGCCGGCCAGGGCAUGCUGCCCUGUGAGGACAGCGACGUGUGCGUACUACCGUCUCAGAUAUGUGACGGGGAGGCGCAGUGCGGCGCUGGAACGGACGAGGCCCGCUGUGAAACGCACGUGUGUAUGCCCGGCCAGUUCCGAUGUCCGGGUAACGACACGGUACCGCCUCGCUGUAUGUCCGAACUGGGACGUUGUGACGGUACCCGUGACUGUCCUCUGGGAGAGGACGAGCAGGACUGUGAGCUGGUCAAGUGUGACAACGGAGACUUCACGUGCUCGAUCGGCCAGUGCAUUCGGUCGGUGUUCGUCUGUGAUCAGGAGCCCACGUGUGUGGACGGCAGUGACGAGGGAGAGUUCUGCGCCAACCGAACCUGCCCCGACAAACAGUUCAGGUGCGCCUCGGGCCGCUGCCUGCCGUCCAGCUGGGUAUGUGACGCCGAACAGGACUGCCCCCAAGGCGAGGACGAGGGGGAGCAGUGUGCCGACCACACCUGCCACGGCGACCAGUUCCAGUGCGCCAACAAAAAGUGCAUCCCCAGCAUCUGGCGCUGCGACUCCGAGGAUGACUGUAAGGACGGGUCGGACGAGGAGGGGUGUCUGCUCCGGAACUGUUCCGCAGACGAGUUCCGGUGUAAUGAUGGAAGGUGUAUCCACCGCCAGCUGCGCUGUGACGACUUUUAUCACUGCGCCGACCGCUCGGACGAGAUCGGCUGCGUCACAGAGUGUCCGAAGGAGACGUUCCGGUGCGCCAGCCCCGCUGACGUGGUCCACUGCGUGCCCAGUAAGUGGCGCUGUGACGGCCACCCGGACUGUACGGACGGCAGUGAUGAGGCCGGCUGUAACAACACCUGUCCAGAUCAUCAGUUCAGGUGCAUGGACGGCACGUGCAUCCCGCCCAGCUGGGUGUGUGACGGCUCCGACCAGGACUGUCCGGACCGCUCGGACGAACGGGCGGCCCUGUGUGCGGGGCGCGCCUGCCUGCCCGGAGGGUUCCGGUGCCACAACCACGUGUGUCUGUACCCGGACGGCGCCGGCCGGCCGCUGACGGCCCUCUGCGACGGACAGGACCAGUGUGGAGAUGGAACUGAUGAGGACCCACACCUCUGUUCGGGCGGCCCGCUGCACGCGCGUCUCCAGUGCGCGCACCGCCCGCACGCGUUUCAAUGCGACAACGGUCGCUGUGUGGACCAGCAGGAGGUGUGCAACUCGUUCGACGAAUGUGGGGACAACUCGGACGAGCGAGACUGUCCUGACCGCGCCUGCGGGUUCGGCACGUGCAGUCAGCAGUGUGCCACGUACCGUCGGCCCCACGCGGCGAUCGGCGAGCUCAACUCCACGUGCUUUUGUGUGGACGGAUACCACUUCAGCGAGCACAGCAAGACCAAGGGCUGCCGGGCGGAUGGUGAACCAGCCCAUCUGAUGGUAGCCGCCGACUCAGAGUUGCGCCGACUGGACCCUUACAAACGUCUAUCAGCCGAGGCGGGGCCGCACGUGACCGGUGCCGCGCUACCCACCGACCGCAUCCAGUCAGUGGACGUCUACUACUCGGAGGAGACGCCGGUGAUAUUUUGGACCAACGAUGAGCGGCAUACAGUCACCCGGUACACGCCGCCGGUGCACGCGCGCGCCAAACGACAGACCACCGAAACUGUGCUGCGUGACCUGGUGCGGCCGCUGGGUCUGGCCGUCGACUGGAUCUCACGCCACCUGUACGUGGUGGACGCCGGCGCGCCGCGCAUCCUGCUGGCUUCGUUCGACGGCCGUCAGGUGGCCACGGUGGUGAAGGCCGGCCUGCAGGAGCCGUGUGACGUGGCCGUGGAGCCGGCCAUUCGCCGUUUCUACUGGACGGACCGCGGUGUGGACGCAGCCAUAGAGACGGCGGCACUGGACGGCUCUGACCGGCGCCGACUGGUCAGCUCCCGACUCCGCUGGCCCUGCGGUGUCACCGUCGACCACGCGGCCGGCCGCCUCUACUGGAGCGACCCCAAACUGGCCACCGUCGAGACCGUCAGACUGGACGGGUCUGACCGGGCCAUCGUGCGACAGUUUGACAAACACGAGGGUCGUCCGUACAUGCUGGACGUGUUCGAGGACCUCCUCUACUUUACCACGUUCCCGCUGCCGGGCGUCGGACGGAUUAACAAGUUCGGCCAGGGGAACGUCACGCGCCUGGCCGAGGGAAUCCGUGCCGCCUCCGACCUGGUCAUCAUACAGGCCAGCAAACAGAGCCGAAAUGUGAGCUCGCCGUGCGUGGCCGGCUCGUGCGGCCCCAACGAGCUGUGUGUUGCCGCCUCCAACAAGCGCCGUGUCUGCGUCUGUGUGGACGGCACAGAGCGGGUACAGGGCGGAGACGGUCGAGGUGGCGCCGGACAGUGCGUGGCAGUGGCCCGUCAGCCCGUGCUGCCGUGUAACCUGCAGUGUGGAGAGCACGGAUACUGCCAGCACGGCCCGCGCGGUCCUCAGUGCAUCUGCACCAGCCCGCUGUUCACGGGCGCCCAGUGUGAGCGGGAUCGCUGUGCCGGCUACUGCGCCAACAAGGGCCACUGCUACCAGAACCUGCUCGAGGCCUCCCAGCUGGCGUGUAACUGCCUGGUGGGCUGGACGGGUGACCGGUGUGAGACGCCCGUCAGUCCCUGCGCAGACGGACUGACCUGUCUCAAUGGUGGCACGUGCAGCCGGCCGGCCGGCCGAGACACCUGCCUCUGUCCGCACGGCUUCACCGGUCGACUGUGCGAGCAGUGUGAGGACCACGAGUGUCACGGGAACAGUACGUGCCACCGUGACCCGACCACGGCCGUGGCUGAGUGUCAGUGUGCGCCGGGACUGAGCGGGCCCUACUGUGAGACCGGCGACUGCAGUGCGCAGCCCUGCGCUCACGGGAAGUGUGUUAUGGUGGACGGCACGCCGACAUGCACCUACGACGGAGACUCGGCGGGGGCUGCCUGCCACUCGGAGCAGCUCGGCGACUACUGUUUGCACGGAGGUACCUGUCAGACCACGGCGGCCGGUCCUCAGUGCAGCUGCAGCGCGCGCUUCGGCGGCAAACGGUGUGCUAUCGACCUGUGCACCUGCUCUCCGGGCUGUGCGAGCGACGACUGCAUCAGCUGCCCGCCAGGUACCUCGCGGCCAGAGCGUCUCUGUGACAGUGUGCUGCCGCCACUUACCUGUUCAGAUGGCAGUCUGCUCUGUCUGAACGGCGGAACGUGCGAGGAUACGGACCGACACUCCGUCUGCAGGUGUCCGUCCGGCUACUCUGGCGCGCACUGCGAGGUCAGCCCUGACUCGGCCGGCGGCUGCCGCACCGGUCUCUGUCUCCACGGAGCCACCUGUGAGGUCACGCCGGCCGGCGCCGUCUGCCACUGCCUCACCGGCUGGGGAGGAGACCGCUGCGAGCGGCCCAAGUCCUGCAAACACUACUGCUUCAACGGCGGCACCUGCCAGCUGGCGCCCAGCGCCGGAGAGGGCAAGAUGCCCACCUGCUACUGCCCUGCCGGGUACGUCGGACUGCGCUGCGCCACCCGCGCGCCCGGCUGGCGGGCCGGCGCCGCGGACGACCAUUCGAGCGGCUCUGUGGUCACUGGUGCCGCCGUGGCCGUCGCUCUGGUGCUGCUCAUACUGGCCAUCACGGCCGCAGUGGUGUGGAGAAAACGACACGGUAAACCGUUCACCCACACACGGAUGCGCAGCGAUAAACUAGAGGUGGACAACCCGAUGUACCUGCGGGACCUGGAGGCCCGCGAGGCGGCCGAAGACGCCGACGAGGAGGUCGAGGACGCCGUCUUCAGUCUCGAAGAGAAGCCGACCAACUUCUCGAACCCGGUGUACGAGUCGACGUACCCGGAGCGGGACGGCGCGGCGGCCAGCUCCGAGAAGACGAACCUGCUGCCGCCGGAGAACGGCCGGCCCUCGCUCACGUUCUCCGGCGCAGCGCCCACCGAUCCGCUGCACGACACCGACGCGUAGCGACGCCGCGCGGCAGACCGGUGAACUAAUAGUGCUGGUGAGUGGCCAUAGAUGUCGCGGUCGGCGCGGCGGGUCCUGCUGUGUCGCGGGCAUUAUUGUGUGACGACAAAGCUCGCGUGCCAUAUACGUGAGUGAGGGAGAGAUUUAGGAAUCAUGAUUCAUCAUUGCAGCUAUCAGCUGGAAGUGAGAGGAAUCCGCCGGGCGUGGUGAGACAUGUCUGCGUCUGUCCCGUCCGAAUCUGGACAGAGUGGGGAGGGAGAGAGGGAGCCCGUCCGGGGUCGGGAGCUGGCCGGCCGUCCCAGAUCUCAGAGGUGGCCGGUGGCCGCACUUAGGCCCUUCGCCGACUUCAUUUAAUACUCGAGCGGUGUCGUCACUGUCUUCCGUGUCCGCUGCGCCAUUUUUGUACAGGGCAUCGAGACUGCGCCGACGGCGGCGCCGCGCGGCGGAGAAUCUUGCAGUUGAGCUGUCGCCGCCGCCGACAGGUGGCACUAGUGUCUGCCGGCGAUUGCUCCAGUCAUUUUGUAUCAUUGUGACGGCUCAGUGUUGCUGAAGUGCCCGUUUUCAGGGCUAUCGAGUGCCAAAUGUCUGGUCGAAUCUCGCUGUUUGCUGCGAGACUGGGCAGAAGCAGUGUUUGCCAUGCUGGCCGGAGCGUGAGGCCGGUGCGACUGGUCGGCUGUUGUCAUUUUGUGUACGUAUCGCGUGCUGCUCACUCCUGUUGUACCUCCAUGUAUGAAUGUAUCUUGUCCAAUACAACAUGUGUUCCUA